AUGAUUUAUGUUCAGAAAGGAAUUCAAUAUGUACAAGGUGCUCCUACAAAGCAACGUCGAAUAAGACGUCUAAGUAACAUUCAACAUAUAAACAAAAAACAUGUUCGUCAAGAUCGUUUUGUUUUUUCUCGUGAUUAUGAUCAUUUCUUUGAACCUUUUGAAACAGAUACCAAAUUUAAUUCAUUGAUGAUUCAAGAAUGGCAUAGAAACUUUAUUGCGAAUCAUCGAGCAGAUGGAGAAAGAAUCUAUCGAGAUACACUUGGACCUUAUUGUUAUUUACUCUAUUCUUAUCUUUGUCUACGUUCACCUUUUGGUAUUGAUUUCCAUCGAGGAACUGUACAUCCUGGUGCUUGGUUACACCCAGGUAUGAUAGGUCGAUUUCAAAAAGAGAUGAAAAAUGGAGAUAAUUAUUUGACUUGGCUUGGAUUCACGUCAACAACUAAAAAAUACGAUGUUGCCCAAAGCUUUCAUGGUAAUACUCUCUUCGAAAUAUUAUUGUCUGAUACAGACCAUUUUACAUGUCAAGGUAUCGAUAUUAGUGCACUUUCGAAAUUCCCACAUGAAGAAGUUCUAUUGCUGUCUGGUUUUCAGUUUGAAAUUGUCGAUGUUAAAUCAUUCGAUCCAACUGAAGAAAAACAAUUUCCUCAUUUUCAUAUACAAAUAAUUCCACGGCAAUGUAAUUCUAAUGUAUGA